AUUUCCAGACACCCCUUAGUUUAGUGCCAAAUUUGAAAAUUGAUCAAAGUGUUAGGGCUAACAUAUAUCGUGAAGUAUAAACCCAUUAUCACCGCCGCUGGGUCUCGCCGCCGUAAGCACCGUACCAUUCUCGCCGCUGUAACCCUAAUUGAUAACCAGUGUAGCAAAAGGCAUCCAUAGAAUCAUGAGGGUUAAAGUUAUAUCUCGUUCUGCCGAUGAGUUUACUCGCGAGAGAAGUAAUGAUCUUCAGAGGGUUUCUAGAAACUACGAUCCGAACCUUCGUACGCAGGAGAAGGCGGUGGAAUAUGUCAGAGCUCUUAAUGCUGCUAAGUUAGAUAAGGUGUUUGCAAGGCCGUUUAUUGGAGCUAUGGAUGGUCACGUAGAUGCCAUCUCGUGUAUGGCCAAAAACCCUAGUCAUUUGAAAGGGGUUUUUUCUGGCUCUAUGGAUGGAGAUAUUCGUCUAUGGGAUAUUGCUUCAAGAAAAACAGUAUGUCAAUAUCCUGGUCACCAAGGUGCUGUACGUGGUUUGUCGGUAUCUACAGAUGGACGUAUACUUGUGUCAUGUGGAAGUGAUUGCACUGUUAGAUUGUGGAGGGUUCCUCUUGCAAGUGGCAUCGAGUCAGAUGACUCAUCUGAUAGCUCAGACAAGACACUGGCAUCCUAUGUUUGGAAGAAUGCUUUCUGGGCUGUGGACCAUCAGUGGGAAGGUAAUUUAUUUGCGACAGCUGGUGGUAGUCAAGUUGAUAUAUGGGAUCACAAUAGAUCACAGCCAGUCAACAGUUUCGGAUGGGGAAAUGACACAGUUAUUUCAGUUCGUUUUAAUCCUGGGGAGCCAAAUGUCUUGGCAACAUCUAGCAGCGAUCGGAGCAUAGCAAUUUAUGACCUUCGAACAUCAUCAGCAGCAAUAAAAGUUACCAUGACGACAAAAACCAAUUCUAUAGCUUGGAAUCCAAUGGAGCCCAUGAACUUCACCGCUGCAAAUGAAAAUUGUAACUGUUACAGCUAUGAUGCAAGAAAAUUGCCAGAAGCCAAGUGCGUACACAAAGAUCACGUGUCGGCAGUUAUGGAUAUUGAUUACUCACCAACAGGCCGUGAAUUUGUAACUGGAUCUUAUGACAGAACUGUGAGGAUCUUUCAGUAUAAUGGUGGACAUAGCAGGGAAAUCUAUCACACUAAGAGAAUGCAAAGGGUUUUCUGUGUUAAGUUCAGUUGUGAUGCAAGUUAUGUUAUCUCGGGUAGUGAUGAUACCAAUCUUCGACUUUGGAAGGCUAAAGCAUCCGAGCAACUGGGUGUUAUUCUACCACGAGAACGUAAGAAGCAUGAGUAUAUGGAGGCUGUGAAGAAUCGUUACAAGCACCUUCCUGAGGUCAAACGUAUAUUGAGGCAUAGACACUUACCGAAACCAAUAUACAAGGCCGGUUUGCUAAGACGUACAAUGGCUGAUGCAGAGAAGAGGAAGGAAGAUAGAAGGAGAGCGCACAGUGCCCCAGGUAGCAUGCCAAGGAAGUCCAUACGUAAAAACAAAAUUAUUCAAGUAAUCGAAUGACCCUCGCGCUUCGUCAUAUGUUUCUCUCAAUUACCUUAAUCUUUUAAUGUCAAUGUUCAAAAUUAAACCAACACAAAUUUUGUUAUUUUAUCGGUAUCUCAUAUCGCUAAACACAAAUUUUGUAUUUUAUCAGUGAUUUGUGUUUUGGUACUCAAGUAUUAUUUAAUGAUAGAUGUUUAAACAUGUUAAA